GCGCCUCGUCUUUAGGGCACCUCCAUAUCUUAUCUGUGAAAAUUCGGCCCAAAUUUCCGGCAUCUAUGGUUGGGAAUCCUUGAAACUAAAACAAGCAAACGCUCGGCUUCUUUGCCCCUGGAUAGCAGCCUCAUCCUGGCCGCUAGCAGUUGCAAGGUCGUUGCUGCGUAAGCUUUUAUCAUUCAUCCCCACCAUCCCGACGGACCGCCCGAAAUCCACCAUGGCUGCCAUAGACCACCUCGGAAGCAAAGUCUGGUUACCUGUCCUGGUUGCUUUGGCCUUCUCCAUCCAAUCCGGCCUGGCGAUUAUGUGCUGGGAAUGUAAUUCUCAUUACGACAAAAACUGCGCAGAUCCUUUUCGAAAUUCCACAUUUGCCCUCACAGAUUGCAACCAAAGAGAGCGUGAUGACUUCCAACAGAAAGCCACCGUCUGCCGUAAGAUCAUACAGAAAGUGAGGGACGAUUACCGGUUCGUGCGUGGUUGCGGUUGGUUGAGCGCUGAAAAGGAAGGAACAGACUGCUUUAAAAGAGCUGGCACUUUCAACGUCCUGAUACAGUACUGUAGCUGUGAUUCGGAUGGCUGCAACGCCGCACCACACACCACAAGCCACAGCUGGAUUGGACUGCUGGCAGCCGUGAUUUUAUCCGUCAUCGUGGUGGUCAAGUAAUGGAUGUCUGUCGGUCCGUAGAAACAAACCCAACAAACAAGAAAAAGAAAGUGGCUCAGGCCACUCUUAUGAUUUUGCAGGCUGCGAUGGUUGUAAAAAAUACACAUAUUUAUGCAUACAGAGUUUUGUAGAACAUUUCAUUGUCAAGUACAGUAGACAUAUGAGAUUUUCUCAUUUAAGGCAAUGCUGUCAAGGAUGGCGUCAAUGUUUUGCAUGGUGUCAAUUUCGCCUCACUGUUAUCAUAUAAGAUGGUUUCAAGCCUUAAAUUUACUCGAAAUUAUUACUGUAUUUUUUAACUCAUUUUGUGCCGUCUUGGAAAUCUAUCUUCAUUUUUUGCUUCUCAUUUAGUUGUUAACAAACUUUUAGUUUUUGUGGUAUUACGGAUUCUAUUUGCCAAUCCUGUUCCGAAUAUUUUCAACGAACGUGUAAGACAUUGAUGUCAUCCAUUUUGUUUUUGGUAAUUCAAUUGCAUAUUAUUUUCGCGUUAAUUAUAGCUCAUUUUCAUUACUUUUCCAUCAAUGGUGAGUUUCCAACUUGCCCUCAAAAUGUUUUGACGCGUUGACUUGAAUUGAUCUUAACACAUUACUAUUAAUUUAAAUAUGAUAAGACUAAAUGAUCUACUUAACAAACGAUUUUUAAAAGAAAAUAUUGUUUAACCUCAUUGGGUUCAAACCUAUUCGAAUAAUAUUUAUAAAUAAAGCCAUUGUAUUUUAUUGAGCACAAAUAUAAACUAAUAAAAGAAAUAAACUUUUUCAAAAAAUUCAAAAUUUAAUGAUGAUUAAAAAAAUGUCAUGAGGUCUGAAGUUGGGAAUCUCAUCGUAGGUUUUUAAAAAAUAAAUGUUGCAUGCCUUCUUUACAUAUUUAUUGUGACAGUUUAGUGUACUACGCUUUUUAAGGGACUUAAAGAAGUAAAUUUUAAAUUCUUCAAGAGAAAUUGUAUACCGUAGAGUAAGAUUUUCAUAAAAGCCAGCUUUCACAACAGCUGUAUGAGAUAUAAAACGAAUUUAGUGCUCGGUUCCAUUGCUGAGUACUUACUUUUGAAUUUAGCAAUAAGGUAUGGAGUAUUUAAAUUUAUUUUAUCAAAAACUUAUUCUUAAAAGUCAUUACUUCAAUUAGAAUACAGUGAAUGGCUACCAGUUCCUGCAAUAUUUUUGAUGCAGCAUUUUAUUGAAAAAAAUAAUAGGUGUUGCAGUGCUUCGGAAUAACGUCUAGAGCUGAAAUUUAUAAUACGAUGUUGGUAGUAAAUCGCUGAUAGUUCACUUUACUGCUACACAAGCACAAGCAUUAGUGUAUUUACUUGUAAUUAAGCAUCAUUUUGUAUUCACCAUGUGUGGAGAUCUGAAUCCUCAUUCCAUCAUGCACAUUUGCAAUUAGUUCAAAACUCUUUGAUUUAUAAAAUGAAAUUGGAACUUUUAUCUCAUUAAUGUAAUUUAGUGCAUUAAUAUAUUUAGUACAUAUGAUUGAAGUCAUAUUUUUAAUUUUUUGAGAAACUUCGUUGAGUAUAUGCAUCUUAUAAGUGCAUUUUAGACAACAACAGUUGAAGCUUGCUGUAAAAUAAACUUAAUAGCCCAUCAAUAAAUCCGAAACAGUUGAAUAUUAUACCCACAAUUUUUUUGAACUUGGAAAAAAAAAGAAAGAAAAAUUAUCGCUUAGUUAUGAUAUUUGGUUUUUCAAACUCACAUGUUUGUAUUUCAUUGGAACAAUAACUCAUUCUCACAAUUUUUCAAUUAGAAUGUGAGGUAAACUUCAAAAAAUAAAUAUUAAGAAUCAAGAAUUUGUUUUGAAUCAUUACCGAAUUGCGUUACAAAAAGAAGUCUUACAUUUGCUUUUAACAUAGACUAGAUAUGGAGAUGCCUUAAAAACAAAAAUUAUUUCAACAUUCAAACUUACAGUUAAGCGUACACCUCAUAAGAACAUAAAAAUAAAAAAAUAAAAAAAAAAUAGAAAAAUGAAAAAAAGCAUUAAAUGUAUGUUUAAAUGUUAAGUGUAUUUGUUUCGUACUGUGAAACCACUAUUGAUUAGAUUAACUUACCCUUUUAUUAAUAGAAGAAAGGAAAAAAUGGUUCAGGGAACAAUAUGAAAAAAAUAUUUUUUUUUUCGAACGCGGGUCCAAAAUCCGUUGCCAUUUUUAUUUUUAAAAAUCUAAUGGGAUAUUUUGAAACAGUAAAUAUUUUUGCUCACUAAGUAUUUUUUACUGUAUUGAUUUUUCCAACCAUUAAAAUAAAUGUCUUUUUUAUUAUAGCGUUACCAAAACUGAAAUAUAUUUUAAGAACGGGUUUUGUUUCAACUUCAGCCUUUUUUUUUCUUUUUUAAAUCUAAUGAAGUGUGGUUUCAUUACUUUAGGUUUACAAUGUGGAUGACGUUUUACAUUCUGUCCGUUAGAAAUGCUGCAGCUAAUAUUCCAAAGAUUUUAGUCGAGCAUGGAUCCACGCAAUGGGUUAAUCUUUGCAAAUAGAAUUGUUAUAGUUAGACAGAGAUAUACAUUAUGAAAUACUUUUAUAAUUUUGGGAUUAAUUUAAUCGUAACAUCAUGAUUGAUUUUUAAAAUUUUAGAAUUGGCGGCGAAAAAUAUUGUUCAGCAUUUUUGAUAAAAAAAAUCACUGCUUAAAAAAAAUUUGAUAUUGGCAUGCAGUAAAAAAAAUCACGAUUUUAAUAAAAUUGAUACGUUUCCUGAAAGCAAGUAAAAUUUCCUAGCUUCUAUAUGAAUCGCCAUUAUGUAACUUUUUACAAAAUUUAUACGGAAACUUCAGGUAUUUCAUCAGAAAAUGUUAUCUAUUUUUCUGAUGAAAAUUUUCAAAGUGAUCGUAUUAAAAAUUUCGAUAUUGUAAUUAAAUAAUAUUUUGACGUGAAUACAUUUUCUGGCGUAAUUUUAUGACAGCAACAUGCUAAAUUUAAAUUGAAUGCAGCACUGAAAUUAAUGCUGAUAUACAUUUCGAAAUUUUAUAAAAUGUACCAUUUUAAAUCUAUUUGCAAAUUAAAGAGAUAUUUUGAUUGCAUUGUUUAAGAAAUGCUCUUGUUUCAAAAUUUAUUGCCAAAAGUGAUUUUUUCUGACAGUUUAUCUUUUUAAAUACGAUUGUUUUAUUAAUUUGAAAGAAAAAAGAGAUGGAAAAGUAAUGCUCUGGGCUGAAAAUAAUCAGCUGUAGCAAUGCUUAGUAUUCAUGUAGUUUAGAUGUUGACUUUUCGUAUUAUAAUAGUGUAUUAUUUAUAAUGAAAUUUAUUACAUCAUUCAUAAGUGUUAACUACUAAAAAGUAUUUUUAAACAGAAAUAAAUGAAAUAAUAAUUUAAUAAUGCGGCAAAGAUUCUAAAUUUAUUUUUCUAAAUUAAAAAAGAUAUUGUUCUCAUAAGAUUUAAAAAUUAUAAAAAUAAUAUUAAGUAACUAUUUUGGUACAUAAUUUUCCUUUCCAACAAGGAACAUAUUUUUCGCCUUUAAUAAUGUCUUCUCGAAAUUAAGUAUCAAAAGAAAUACAUUCUGAGACUUACGUAUUUUUGGUUUAUAAUGUUAUAAAAAAUAUAAAUGAGUGUAUUUCGUUAUUUGUAUGUGAACUUCUAAUGUUGUUUUUGCAGUUAUUUCAUGUUAUAUAACUGAGGUCUAAGCUCCAACAAUAAAAAACUUCAUAAAAAUGAAAAUAAAAAAGAAAAUACUCUCCGUUUGUUACGUCAUGGCUAAACUAUUAAAAUUCUUGUAUAUUCAAGUAAAAAUUUAACAUAAUUACUAAUUAUUACCAAUAAAAAAGUCAAAUUCCUUAUUUACUGCACUGAAUAUUGUUUCAAAAUAAUUUGAUGAAAAAACUUUUUCAUUUGAAAAUUAAAUAAUGAUGCCAUAUUUUUCCUUGACAGUAGAAAUAAAAACGCAACCGCAAUUAAUAUGUGUUACAAGACAAUCUGACUAGGCUUACAUGCCAUUAUGUAUUAUAACCACUUUAGUUGAAUUGCACAAAUUCUAUUUUGCAUAGAUAAUUGCAUAUUUGUAGUUUUUAGCUCAAUUUAGAAAUUAAUUAUAACUUUUCUGUAAAUUUAUAAGUUUUUCUGUUCGUAUAAAGGUAGUAAAAUCCUACCUUUUGAAUUGCGGGUUACAAUCAAUCAAUUGCUAUUCUAAAAUAUUCGCAAUGAGAGGACGAUUCACUAAUCAUUAUUUCUUAUUCUUUUCAGUACAAUUUUUGUACUCAUCAAAAUACUUAAUUCUACAGCUACAUUAAAAUUAAGCAAAACAUACUGUUUUUUUCAAAAUUGGAACAGAUUUUUAGCUUAUUAAGUAAAUUUGUUUUCAACAAUACCAUUUGUCAUUAAAAUUUGCAUUUCGAACGAAUAUGCUUGACUUUUGGACACGCUAUGCCAACAUUAUUUUGAACUACGUAAAAGUAGUAUUUGAGAGUGAAAAGUUUAAAACUAACUAAUAGCAUUCAUCAACUGCGCACUUGGAUUCAAUCUGGAUUUUGAAACAUUUAUUUCCAAAAUUUGUAAUAUGGUUGUGGCAACAGAAGUGGCGUGUUCUGUUCCUCCAUUACUGCUCGCUCUUCUCCUAAGAUCGAACGGUUACGCUUUCUUGAUGUCACUGGAACCAAAGCGCGCACUUAUGAAGAAUUGUAUUAACUUUCAUUUAAAUCUGGCAUUACUUUUAUUUACUACCCAUUCCAGAGCGAAAGCAGUGCGCAGUUAGUGGAACAUCCCUUGAAAUUUCUUCCAAAAUACUACAAUUACAGUCAAGACUUCAAGAAAGAAACUUUAGCCAAUUGGCUUUCUUUCACACAACAAUCGAAUACGUUUUGAGAAAGAGUAGAAUUUUACCAUUAAUUUGGGCAGACGAUUGAAGUUAUCCUUCUGCGACUUUAGGUGGAUUAAAAAAAGAAAAAAAAGAAUGAAACUCAAUCAGUGUCAGUUUAUACUACUGAUUUGAGAGACGGAAUGAUCGCAAUCUGAAGUGAUUGUAGAAAAUAAAACGUCCUGAAGAAAUGAAAAUCAUUUAUGUUUUACCAAUGAAUGCGAGAAUUUAUUUGUACUCCUUUUUGAAUUCGAAAAUGCGCGACGUAACGGUUCUGGUUAAAAUAAAACAAACAAACAAUACUGAAAACUUGCGAGAGAGCGUAUACAAACAGCACAAAAAAUUUGAUCGAGGCGAGCCUUUCUGAGGGCAUGGGAUGCGCCGUUUUAAAAAGCCGGCUAAAACCAUAUCUUAGUCUUUAAGUUGAAAGUAAAAUUUAGUUCUUGGCUCUUUUUACCUUCUUCGGGAUCUCACAAGAAUAAAAAAAGAAGAGAAUGCCUAAGACAGCGUAAUUUAGAUCGAAAGAUCAGGAUAACUUCUCCCAGUUACAGUGAAAUUUCAAGGGACAAAUAAAUCUUUAAAUCGACUAGAUGUUUUUAAAUCAUUCCAUUACAGCUGUAAUAAUAUGAAAAAUAUUCAUACACUAUAUUCAUACAUAAGUCUUGACACCACUGGAAGAAAAGUUUUGAUUUCUGAAAAUACUAUUCUAAGAUUUUGAUGAAUACAAAUAUUGAAUACGAAGUGAUUUCGUGUUUAUUUUUUCAUGAAAAUUUUGAAAAACACAAAAUAAAACUCAUUAAAUUUUUAUUAAUUAAUAUGAAUUUUAAGUAUCAUUUUAUCAAAUAUGUAUUGUAAAUAAUUUAUUAUAAAAAAUCAUUAUUAGGAAUUUAUUCUCAAUCUUUGAAACCAUAAGCUAUUUUUUCAAAUUCCAAUAUUCAUUUGCAUUUUAUGAUUAAUCAAUUUUCAUUAAUCAAUUAAACGUGUUUGGACAUUUAAACAUAUUAAACAGUGCGAAAAUAUUCCAUGUAAUUAAUGGCACAAAAUGUAUUUUUAAAGCAAAAUAGUGCAUAUUUAGGAAAAAUAUUUGAACCUGAUGAAAAUAAUUCUGUACAGUCAUAACCAAAUGUUUUGCUUUAGUAACAAACAAAUUACGCUAUGAUAGCUUAAGCGAAUAUUAUCCUAGAUACAUUAAAAAAUUAUAUUAAUUUACUGUGAUUUAUAUAUGCAUUCUAUCUGAGCUUCCAAAUUGGCAAAGCAUAUUUAAAUUUCCCAAAUUUAGAGCAUGACAUAACAAAUGUGAAAAAAAAAAAAAAAAAGUUUUCGCUUACUUUUCUUAAAAUAUGCUUUCACUUAAGCUUUAUUAGCUUUUCAUUGACUUAUAUCUUUGUUUGGUAUUUGUAUCUUUUGUUAUUGUAUAUUUUUCUUCAUUCCAUGUUUUAAAAUGUUAACUUAUUUGUUAUAUUUUUCAAUAUUUAAUCUUGUUUUAUAAAGUUUCCAUAAUUUCACGGAUUUUAAUUAUUUGAAUGUAGAUAAACUUUUUUUUUUGCUGGUUAAAUAAAUUUUUUUCAAUUUA